AAAUAUUAUUUUUGAUCUGUUAUAAUAGCGCACAAGCACAAACUAAUCUCUCUAAUAGAAGAGUUAUUGCUGUCCUCGAUAUGGCUUCAUAUUCAAGAAGAGAGCGCAAUUCCAGGACUAGAAGAAGCAGCAGAAGCAGAGUCCAUGAUACACAUUCAGUUCAUAAUGUGGAUGAAGAUCCGCUAGAAAACACUUGUAUAGACCUGACUGUAGAUGCACCCAAUGAAGAUGUGAUAGAUCUCACCAGAAGUUUUUCUGUGAUAGAUUCAUCGGUUGUGGUGUUACCUUUAGCAGAUGAUAUAGGUCUUGAGAGAAGAAGAGGAAGUGGAAGGCGUGGAAGGAGACGAAGUCGCACACCACGGUCUCGUAGGCCAGAAGUUCCUCCUUUAGAAGUACAUGUUCUUCAUUCUGAUGAUAGCAGUGAUGAACUCCCAGACAUCCCCUUUGAGGUGCCUCAAGAAGUUGUGUCUGCCAAUGCAAGCCUUUUAAAGUCACCAGAAGGUGUUAAAAUUUCAUGUCCUAUUUGUUUGGAUGACAUUAAGCAGAUCCAACGUAGCAAUCGGCAAGUGAUGUCUACAAUUUGUGGACAUAUUUUCUGUGAUGUAUGCAUCAAAGCUGCUAUUGCCUCUCAAAAUGUUUGUCCUUCAUGCAGAAAAAGAUUAACAGUACGAAACAUUCAUCCUUUGUUUUUAUAGCAAAAGACUGUUAGCACACCUCAUUUUAAGAUAGCUUACUAACUGAAUGACUGAAAAAUUUCUAAACAUAUUUUUUUUUAACUUGGUCAAACUUUUAAAAGAUCUAUUGUAACUACAAUCAUAAGUACAAUAUUGAUAAAACAGUACAUUUUAAUUUUAUUUUUGCUUUGAUAUUUGUAAAAUGAAAUAGUGCGAUUACAUUUUUUAAAACAUGUCUUCUUUUUGUAAAAUUAACUUAUGAUAAUUUUAUUAUUAUCUAUUAACUGUCGAGCUUGCCUGCUCUGUCUGAAUGUGCUAUUCUCUUUGAUUGGAAUCUUAUAAACUAAGUUUAUUGUGGAUGAUGUGUCAUGAACUCUGAUGAAGCUUGUGAGAUCAUACUUUGGAUACUAAUUAUAUAUAUAUGUUCAUUUCAAGUGUUAAGAUUUAUUUACACAGAAUGAAACCCAAAACUGAAUUUCUUUUGGUCUCCCUUGCAUAGCAAUGUCAACAUGCAAGUGUGAAGCUUUUUUGAUCAUUAAAGAGCACUUGACAUCAGUGUCAAUUAGAAAGUUUUGGAACCUCUUUUGCUUCAAAACAUUGUGUCCACUACCUAGCCAUCCUUGGAUCUGGGUAUUAAUUAUGUAUAUUUCCUUAUUAAAUUAUUAUUUUUGUUUCUGGAUACUUGUUAGGCUGCUUUUUUCCCCUUCAUUUGUGGAGACAUUUUUUUUAAUUUAAAAAAAAAAUGCUUAAAUGUAACCUAAUUAAUUUUUUUUUCUGUGCAUUAUUAUUAUACAUUUUUAAAUCACUUCCUAAAACAAUAUCAUGCUAAAAAGUUAUUUAUGCUGAAAAAUGUUUUUAACCAAGUUAUCAUUGUGAAAUAUUUGUUAUUUAAAUCUUCAUAAAAUUAUACUCAAUGUGUUCAAUUUAUCAUAAGUUAGACGCAACUGCAUUUAGGUCAAACACUGGACCUCAAUUUUGAGGAAAAAAUGUGUAAAUAUUGAGCUUUGUCUUCUUAAAAGUUUCAAUUUUAGCUCCAACUGUAACAAAAUCAUUCUAGCCUCAUACACUCCACAAGUAGGAUUCAUUACCGGUACCUUUUAAAGGAAUAAUGACUCCAUCUAAUUUAAAAUGUUACUGAAUAUAUAUAUUUUUUUUUGGUCACAGCUAAUUUCUAUUUUUCUUUGGUUCUCAAAUUCAAUAUUUCACAAUGUGCACCUCCCAUUAUUUAUUCUCACAAUUUACUUUCCAACCAUUGUGUACAGUCAUGUAAUAACGUGCCAUUAUUCACUGGCUAGGUCUGAAUUUAUAUCUGAUAUCUUACUCAGUGGAAGAAUACAAAUAGUUAUUUAAAAAAAUCUUUUGAGGUUGUCAUGAUGGAUAAACAUAAAUGGCUCCUUCUGUCUUGGAAGACAAUGGAUGCGCCUAGAUGAGUCACUGGUUUUGGUUUCCCCUUGAGACAGGGUAGAAUCUGGUGUGACUGAUGAAGCCAAUUCUGGAGAGGCAGAGUUUGCCACAGUUCAUGCAUGUGUAUGAAUUGUUUUAGGUCUAACUGUUAGGGUAGGUUUCUUUUUUAAUCACUUGACUAAAGUCGCUUUGUUUCUUUUGCUUUUGGCAAAGGUCGUGCCAGCACACAUAGUCUGUCUCCAUGCUUUCCGAUCUUGGGCUAUUUCCUCCCACAUACUUUCAAUGAUGGUUCUCUUGUCUUGCAGAUGUCUCUAUAAGUUAGUCUUGAGCAGCCCUUGGGUCUGACUUCCUUCGCAAGUUCAGCAUAUAGGAUAUCUUUAGGGAUGCUUCCAUCUGGCAUGCGUGUGACUGUCCGAGCCAGCUAAAUCUUCUCUGUGUCAGAAGAGCAUAGAUAACUAUGACAUGAAAUAUAUUUUGUGUUGUUCUACCUUUCUUUUAUAAAAUAGAAUUGCUCCAAGAUUUUGAGACUUAUAGAUAGUUUGUACAUUAAGAAAAUCUCUUAUAAAAGGUUUAAUAGAAUACACCAAGAAAUCAAAUUCAUCAAUGCUCUUUCCUUGAUAUACAUGUUGUUUUUUUAUGUACAUUUUUAAAAACAAAAUACUAUCAAAACUAGCUUUGACAUCUUUUACUAGCUUUUUUUUUAGUAUCAGUUAAUGUUAAUUAUAAUGGUACUAAAUUUACACCAUAAUUAUGUCCAGAUGGAAAAAAACAACAACAAAUUUUAUAACUUUUUAGGUGGCAAAUAUUUAUAGUUGUAGUCAUUUUAUCAAUUUAUUAAACAUUAAUUUGUUAUUCAUCAGAAGUAAAUUACAAUAUGUACGGUAACCCUGUUAUUAAGUUGUUACACUUCAUUGAUUCUGUAUGUACAUGUGUACUCAUGUCGAACAUAAAUUUAUACUUCUGUCCCCUGCACAUGGUUAGAUUUAGUUGUGUAUACAUGUUUUUCCUAGUAAAUAAAAAAUUGCUACAAAUUCUAUAAUUCUACUGAUUGACAUAUUCAACAUUGGUCUGUAACUUAGGUCAGAAUGACACUAAUGUAAGGAUCAGAUGUGAAACCAACAUGAAACAAACUUAUGGUAAUGUCUGUAGAAACACAUGCUGAAAUGUUUCUAAUUAGGAAACAAAAAAAAUGUACUCAAGAAAGUACCCAUGUUAUUAUUAGUAAUGGCUGAAACAGAAAGCAAAUGUUUAAUAUCUAGAACCAAGUGAGUAUGUAUAGAUCAUGUUUUGUACAAGUAUCUUUAUGAGAUACACAGACGUAACAAGAAAAUAAAAUGUUUUUGAUCUAUUCUA